CUUGCAGAGCACUACAAACAUCACUGGUUUCCUGAGAAACCCUUCAAAGGCUCGGGGUAUCGCUGCAUCCGGAUCAACCACAAAAUGGACCCCAUUAUCAGCAAAGCAGCUAGCCAGAUCGGACUCAGCCUACCGCAGCUCUACCAGCUCCUGCCCAGUGAGCUCACGCUCUGGGUGGACCCCUACGAGGUCUCGUACCGCAUCGGUGAGGAUGGCUCCAUCUGUGUCUUAUAUGAAGCAACAGCAACGAAACCUGUAAGCUCCUAUGGGAUGCUUACCUGUAAGAACCAGAUGAUGUUAGGUCGCACCAGUCCUUCCAAAAACUACAUCAUGACUGUCUCCAGCUAA